AUCACUCCACUCCCACACCAUCAGCUCUCUCACACAUCCUCCCCAAUGUCUUCCAAGUACUUGCUAGUUUUGCUCCUGGGAACGGCGCUUUUCGCCGCCGCGGUCCUCUCCGACGGCCAUCAUCCUUUCAAAAAAGAGCACAAGCCACACCACAAGCACCACCCCGGCAGUCGUCGUCUCUUGGAGACGGCCGAAGCCGAGGACUCGCACCACCACCACCACCACCACCCUCAUGAGCAUGUUCUCGUCGAGGAGGUCGAAAAAGAAGACUCCCACAAAAAGCCAUUCCCAGGAAAGAAGCCGCCCCACCACCCUGGCCACAUGCUUGCCGAGGAAGUGGAAGCCGAUGAAAAAAAGAAGCCAUUCCCCGAGCACAAACCCCCGAAGAAAGGCGACAAGCCGCCGCCGAAGCACAAGCCGCCCCACGAGGGUCACAUUCUCGUAGAGGAGGUGGAAGAGGACUCAAAGAAGCCGUUCCAUGGGCACAAGCCACCGAAGAAAGGCGAGGAGCCGAAGAAGGGCAAGGGAGAGAAGCCGUCGCACCACAAGCCACCGCACAAGCCCCCCACCGAGAACUGAGUGUUUGCGGUCUCCCUUGUUCCUUCCAAUUUACCAACGACCUGUGUCAAAUGACAUCAAUGUUGUACCGCAUUCAAAUGUACGUUCAUGAAGGUGUUUUCUUCUGUCCACCUUCAUUUUGGGAGAGAUAAUUCGUUUUCUAUAUCUCUAAAGCAAAUAUUUUAGGACGUGAUCCGUGUAUCCUCUAUAGCAAUGGAGUACAAAAAUACAUUGUGCCGAUGUAUCAACCUCUCCAAACGGUGAAUCUUCUUUUUGUGCAAUAAAUUGUAAUCCUCGCUUCAGUGCUGCCUUUGUGGCUAGCAAAUACGAAAUUUUCAGCAUCAU